AUGUGCGACAAUGAGUCAGUCUUCAUUGGGGACCAGGCCCUUGAGUUUGCUACAAGCUAUGGAAUCACCAUAACCCAUUCCACGCCCUACUAUGCUCAGGGAAAUGGACAGGCCGAAGCAAGCAACAAGGUGUUAAAGAACUGCUUGACGAAGGUGGUUGAGGAAAACCCCAGGAGGUGGGCUGAGCUGUUGUCUGAGGUGUUGUGGGCAUUUAGGAUGUCGCAGCCCACAAGCACUGGAACCACGCUGUUUGUCCUUACUUACAGGCAUGACGCAGUCUUACCCAUGGAGAUAAGUGUAAGGUCCACAAGGGUGGCGUAUCGGCAAGGGUUUACGCCCACCACGUAUAGCGAAGCCAUGUUGGCUGAGUUGGAGGACCUGGACGAGGAGCGCCUCAGGGCUUUCGACCAAAUUUUGGCGCAAAAGGAGAAUGUGGCAACCCUAUACAACAGAAGGGUAGUGCCUAAGAGUUUCUAG